UGAAGCAGUCACUAUUUAAAAAUAAAACAAAAUUAUAACGACAAAUGGAUUUUGCUAAUAUUUGUAGGACUUGUCUAUGUAAGAAUAAUCUUAGUCCGAUAUUUACUAAUAAAAUUGAUCCAAUCGAUGUACAUACUCUUUUCGCAGCAACCGGUGUAAAGGUUGUAAUAAAUGAUGGACUACCCCAAAACAUGUGUAAAUAUUGCUUGAAAUGUCUACAAAAUAUUUUGGACUUCCGAAAAAAGUGUAAAAAUGCUGAAACAGAGCUCUUAGCUAUCAAAAGAGAGAAUAAAUAUAAAAUACAAGUAGAAAUAACUACAGGUGAAUCCAAUAAAAUACCUAAAGCAUUACAUACAACAAAUGAUAAUAUUGAAUUAGCUAACAAUAAAAAUCAAAAUAAAUUAAAAAAUAAAUUACCAAAUAUUGACAUAUUUAAAGAAGCUGAGAUUAAAAUUGAAAACAUUGAAUCUGGCGAUGAUGAUGAUAAGCCAUUAAUACUAUUAACCGACACUUCCAUUACACAAAAGUCACAGCAAGAUAUUAAAGUAACAGACAAGAAAGACCUUGUCGGUAAAGAAGAAAAUAUUUUGUAUGAUUAUAAUGAUAAUAGUUCCAGAAUUACUUGCAAGUUAUGCCAGAAGAACUUGUCUAGGAGAAGCUUUACCAUGCAUAUGGCAAGACAUCAUCCCGGUGCGGACAAUACUAGGAUCAAAUGUGAAUUGUGCAAUGAUUACAUUUUGAAGGAUAAUUUGAACCGGCAUUUAACAUCAAUACAUGGCACUGACAGUUUUAAAUGCAGAUAUUGUAAAAAAGAGUUUAACAGCAAGGAGUUAUUAGUGAAACACGUCACGAACUGCAACUUUAAAAAGAAAAGAAGAACAUGUGAAUCGAGUCGUGAGCUCACUGAAUGUGAUGUGUGCCAUAAGAAGAUGCAGAAGGCAAGCCUGAGAAUGCACAAGGCGGUGAAACACGCCGGCUUGGGACCAGUCUGCGAGCACUGUGGCAAACGCUUCGGGAACAAGCUUCGCUUACACGAACACUACCGAGCGAAGCAUGGGUACGAGAAGUUUAAAUGUAAUUACUGCGAAUUCCAGAGCGCUGGUGUGAUGGCUAUGAGGAAUCACGAGAGACGUCACCGCGGCGAGAAGCCGUUCGUGUGCGAGACCUGCGGGGCGAAGUUCCACGCUGCGUACCUGCUCGCUCAGCACAGGCAGUCGCAUCGCACCGAGAAACAGUUCAAGUGCGAGCAGUGCCCGGCCUCGUUCAAGGCCAACAACAGCCUGCACACGCACCGGCGCGCGUGCCACAGCAGCGCGCGCGUGUCGUGCGCGGUGUGCGCGCGCGCCUACAGCUGUCGCCACUACGCCGUCAAGCACAUGCGGGCCGUGCACCGGUACAAGGGGCCCGUGCCGCAGCUCAGCCAGACUUGAGGCCUACCCACCUACCUACAUACUCUUUUUUUUCUCGCUGAAAAAAUACAUAUAUGUGUUUCCCCCACAUGAAGUGGGGGGAUAUGUGGGACUCGCCGGCGCUGAAUGCGCCGGAAUACCCACUGAAAAACCAGCGGUACCCACUCCGUCUUGUCGGAGGACGUCACGGGAUCACUUGCGCAUACUACCGUGCCGUCCCGACGGUUGGCCCGCUUCUGCGCGCCUCCAAAUCUACCCACAUACUCUAACUAACCAUGGCAGUAGU